GUGGUAUUAAUUUUAUUGUAAUUCCUUAUUUCAUGCAAUUAACUAUAAUACCUCAAAUUUCUGUUCUUCAUCAUAGUUUGCAUUUGUAAUUGAGCUCUCCGUCCAAUUAUUAUCCGCUCAAUGCACAAAUAAAGUGCAAACAAGAACAUUUCAUUAACUGUUGAGGUUGUGUUGGUCAAUUUUGUUGUGACACAUUAUUGUACCAAAAAAUGUCAAGAAGGGUUAAAUGUGGAUGGUGAAUUCAGUGUUUAGAUUCUACUCAACGUAAAAGCCCAUAAGCAAGACAUUUUAUUAUUGGCUAUAGAAGAACACGGGAAGAAGUUGAUGGAACAAUUUUAUGUCGCUAUUUGCCAUUUCGUCCAUGCGAUUUAAUAUAAAUCAGCUAAAUAAGUUGAACUAUUUAUGAAUGGUGGAUGGAUAAAAGAAGACUGACUUUCUGCAGCAGUAUAUAGCGUAUUUAAUUUAUAAAGGCUAAUCCUUUCAGUUUCACCAGGAACUCUAUAUAAUAACCCAAACUCUUCAAAUUUGUGAUUUUUGCAUGCAAAUUUACGACUGUAAUUGUGUUUGCUGUGAUAUAGUGAAAACAGAAACAAUUGGUGGUGCGAUUGUCUCAGUGUAGAGCUUUGUAUGCACCGGAAGUACUCAAUCUUGGAAACGAUGUCGUUGUUUGAAACCGUUGGCAAUUUGCUUUCCAAAAGAAAGACUAUAUCUAUUACCGACAUAAUAUUAUAAUGAUUUGCAAACAAAAAUAAUAUAAACAUUUCCUGCCCUUCUCGUCUCUUGUUAAUAAUAUGUUACGACGCCUGAUGCUCCACGUCAUUAGUCUGGUCGUGGGAUUACGAAUAAGAACUUUUCCUGCAGAUCAUAGAGCAUGGUGGAUUUUAAUGGACGGAAUCACUUGAGAAUUUGCUCAGUCCACAAUAUGAGCAUUUUGAAAAUGUGUCACCAACUCCGAGUUAUUAAUUUGAGUUUAUAGACUGUGACGCCAUCCGACAUGAUGAUCCUCUUCUGCUCUCUCUAUGUAUCAUCUUCUGGAUAUUGUAUUGAUUUUGUUUCAUCUUUCGCGUACAACUACAAUUUGUUGUUAAUGUGAAAUAAUUGAGAUGCAUUUAGUAUGAUAAGGGCUAAAGGGAUUACCAAAUAUAACGUAAGAAGGAUAUGCCAUAACUUGAGUAAAAUAUUUUGCAGAAAUUAUGGCUGGGCACGUAAGUAUGCGGAGUGGUGGUCGGCGAGCAGCACCAGCUAGGACAGAUAAUUGGACGGAUCGAAAUAGGGGCAGAGGGAUGGUCCGAAAUGAAAGAAGAUCAACAAGGAGUCAAAGUCCAAUCAAAUCCAAGUUGAUGGCGUUAGCAAUGUCUUCCGGGCGAGAGAAAGACAAAGAUGCCAGCGGCAGCAGCAGGAAAAGUGAGGUGGAUAAAUCAUCUCGUCGAGAUCGUCACAACAGCAGGGACAGGUCGACGCAAAAGGGCCGGCUAAGAAUGGACGAAUUGGAUGGUAAUAAACGCACUCCAAAACCUCGGUCUCCCGAACGUCAUAGACCUGAUUCUGGAACAAAGAAAACUGUUUCUUCCUUGGACAAAGUCGUAAAAAAGGCUAGGGAGGAAAGAACUAAUUACUGGGACAAGAAAAUUAUAGCAGCCGAAGAAAAAGAUCCUGAUCGGUGGGGACAUAGUGGUUUUAAAGAACUAUAUCACAGAAAGGAUGGGACAAAAAAAGCUGCUCCACGAAAACAACAGCACUCACGUAGCGGUUCUCAUAGAAGGGGAAUAAAUUCUAUGUCUGGUUCCCUGCGUUGUGAACGGCGUCAGUCGCGUUCCAGGUCAAGAUCUAGGAGUUUUAGCAGAUCUAGGUCUCCAAUUAAGCGGGUGGCAAAGUCAAGGAAAGAUUUUAAAAGUUUUUCAAGAUCUGUGUCGCCACCAAAACUAAAACCAGUUGUGAGCAAAGUAAAACAGCGAUCGGCUACUAAUCAAAAAUCCAAUACCGAAUCCAAACGAGAUUUGGGACGAAAUUCUGCCGAUCAAGGAAAUUCUACUAAAACUAGUGGAAACUUACCCAGGAAAGCUAGGACAAAUCGAAGGUCUUCGUCAUUCUCCUCAUCGGGAUCGUCAGUUUCUCGAUCUCGUUCCAGGAGUUACACACCAGCAAAGCGCUCAACGGGAGCAGGACGACCUAUCUCAAAACUGUCCAAAAGGGUGAAAGCAAAAGUGCACUCAGACUCAUACUCAUCAUCAAACAGUUCUUCCGACGAAGAUGUUUUGCAACUUCAUGCAAAAGAAAAAGUACGAAAUUCUUCAAUCUCAGACAGUGGAUCGUCGUCUUCCAGCAGAAGUCGUAAAGGUGUUGGUAGUGUUUUAAGACGAGGUAGUUCAUCUUCCACAUCCGACAGUCUAUCUAGCAGUGAAAGUGAUGACUCUGAUAUUAGCAUUCGAGCUAAGCCAAGCCAAAAGAUUGUUACCAAGAAGAAGCCUGAUAAAGUCCCAUCUACAUUGUCUACAGCAAAGAAAGCCAGCACGGCUACAAGAGGUAUGAAUGACAGGACCCCAAAACCUGUAGCCUCGACAAAAGUUCCCCCCACGGUCGUCUCUACGAAUACCUUGUUAAGCAAGACAGGAAAACAAAUUAAUAAAAAAAAACCUGUAAAUGAUGCUACCACAAUCGUCAAAUCCAGUAAAUCAUCAAUACCAGAACCAACUUCAAAUACUCAAAAAUUGAAGUCAACUGAAAAGGAGAAAAACUCGAAGAAGGGUACUAAAUCGCCUUCAGAAUCUGGUGAAACUGAGAGUGAAUCGGGUUCGUCUGACUCAGAUUCAGAACCGAGAAUGACUCUUUCCGAACGAUUUGCAAAACUUUCUCAAAUGAGCACAGACAAAAGAGAAAUGGCGAAACCUGUAUUAUCGGUUAAUGAAAUUGAUACAAAGAUGAGGGUGGUUAAAGAUUUUCGAAACCCGGAGGUUCUUUCAAAAGUAUUUGUUGCCAGCGUUGGUAGUGGCUGUGCGGGCGGUGAUGCUGGCGAAACUUCUUCCAGUCGAUUAAAACCAAGAUCUCGCACCCCUCCAGCCAUUUUUGGAGAAUCUCGAAAUAUAUCUCGAAGAGAAAUGUCGGACGAGAGUCAGAAGCAUUUUGAGAGAAUGUAUCGUGACACUCCCAUUGAGAAUCGCCCGUUGGAUUGGUCUGAUGCUAGAGUCAGAUUUGAUUAUUACAAAAAUCGGGGGUGCUUUGAUGAACGACCAAUUACAUUUGACGAAUACAUCAAAUGGGAAGACUGGUACCAUAAAUACAGAGAGUGGCUAGAACAGGAAGCAUACUAUGCUGCACAAACCAGACCUUCUCCAAACUCUGGAAAUAGAAUGCCUUCAUUGUUGAAGGGAGUUGGGGGAUCUCUUGGCCGGCGCAUGGAUCAAAUGCCCAUGGCUGGUCCUCCAUUAUCAAGUCGCUCUCAUUUUGCAAACCCAGUAGGAACAUUGUACUUACAAGGUCAUGAAAGAGUUGGAAGGCGAAUUGAUAGGACCGCGGGGGGUUCAUUGGUAGUUAAUAUUCGACCUGGUGGAUUUCAGACUCGCAAUAGACGGCUUCAGUGAAACAUUUUUGAACAAACUAAACCCUACUAAACCCGACUUCUUGUCUAAUUAUAUUUACAUUUAGACUGACUUCAAGCAUUUUAUGAGACGAGAUGAAACAAAUCCUAUUUGUUUACUUUUCAUAUUAACAUUGUAACCACCUUGCUUUCGUUAGUUAAUGUGGCCCUGCUCGACCAAUUUUUAAUUUAAUACUUUUAAUUAUUAACCUCACUGUAUUAUGAUUGGUGUAGUUUUAUAUAAAUAAAUCUCACUUUCUACGUUA